AUACAUACAGAAUUCUCUCUCAUCAUGAUCGCCGCCGCUUCUCUAUAUCUAAUCUACCUACCUACCUACCUAUUUCUAUUCGCUUUCCCUAAUCCUUGCUUGAUUCGGAUUGUUAUCUGAACGGCGAGUCUCUCAUCCUUUCACGCGCUUUCAAUUUUCCUUCCGAUUCCGAUUCUCACUUUUGAUCGCCACAGUUCUGUCUCUCGAGUCUCAUUCUCAUAACUCAGUCAAGUCUCCACCUCCAGAUUGCUUCUCCUUCCAGUUUCGGUUUCAAAUGGAAGACGUUUCUUUAUUUCCUGAAGAUUUGUUAAUCAAUAUUCUAUUGAGGUUGCCAAUCAAAUAUGUUCUACGAUUGAGAUCAGUCUGCAAGAAUUGGAACUUUAUGCUACGAAGUCCUAAUUUCAUUUCUCUCUAUUAUAACCACCAGUCACGUGGACAAGAGAGACUUGAAAAGGAUGGUGUUUCCUCUUUCAUUGUCCUUGAAUACGUUGAAAAUGCUUGCUAUGAAUUAAUGUACCCUAAUCCUCCUCCUCCUUCAGAGUACGACUCAUAUGACCCUGCUCAUCUCUUACUGUCGUUUCUUACUAUAAAAAAAAUGGGCAAUGAGCUAAUCACAACAGUUGACAAAGUGGAAAAAUUUGACAUCCUCCUCACAUCACCAUCAUUAAACUCAUUAUCUACCCAAGAUCGACAUGACGUCGAUCUUAUUAUGUUCACAUAUGUUUAUGAUGGCAUUAUAUGUCUGGGAAAUGAUAUUGGUAUCGUUUUGUAUAACCCUUACACUAGAGAAUCUCAAAGAUUACCUUUCCUUCCAUCUACUACGAACCCAGAUUGUGAUUAUAAUUAUGUUAUUUUGGGUAUGUGGUUCGAUUCCAAUCAGCAGCCCGAAACCAUAAAACAUUACAAAAUAUUCAGAGUAGUUAAUUUAUUCCAUAGUUAUGAUGAUCCUAAAGUGGGCAAUACUUAUGUGAUUGAGAAAUAUGAUUCUGCUGAGGGUAGUUGGAGGGAAAUCAAGAAAAUUCACAAAAGGCAAUAUCAAUACCGUUGUGACAAGUGCUUGUUAUUCAAUGAAAUGUUUUACUUGUAUGUUGAUGGCGAUUCUGUGGUCACAUUGGAUGCAAGAUUAGAAAAGUUUGGACUCCUUCCACUUCCUUCAGAAUUUUUAGAUCGGGAUUUUGAAUAUUUUUGUGUAAAUGACUUAUUUGUUCUUGGGAGAUCUCUAGCCCUGUUUGCUCAAAAUCGGGAUAGAAACUUUUGUAAGGAUAUAUGGAUGAUGACUGAAUAUGGGGUCAAAGAGUCGUGGACAAAACAAUACACUUUUCUCGAAGGGGAUUUCAAGUUACCUAGUGGCAUGUAUGAGUUUGGUUUUGGGGGGAUGCCAUUUGAUUUUAGCUGGAGGCUAUUAGCGCCAUGGAAAUGCAUCGGCGAGGAUGAGUUAUUCGUCGAAACAUGGGACCCCAACCGUUUUUCGAUGUGGGAAAAGGGCAAUAGUAAACUCAUCUCUUUCAACCUUCUUUUGGGUAAAGGAACUGAAAUUAAUUUUCGUCGCACUCGGAAUUUACUGGCAAUUGUACCUUAUAUGGAGUCUUUUUUUUCAUUCAAGUGAUUUAUAU